AUGGCUGUCCAACUUGUAACGCCGCUGUGGGCCGCAUCCAGCCACAUCUCCAGGCUGAUGGAGGCUUCGAAAACUGCCAGGUACGAAUCACAUGUGUCAAAGGUCGGAGGCCAUUUGCUGCUAAUUUGGGACAGCGUUGUAACCACCUCUCGAAGGCAGAGACAUGUUUGCGAUAAUCGCCUGGGUUCAGCCUCCUUUUCUCCGGAAAUACAACUAGGUCAGGCCGGCGUUCCACGAGCCACCUUCCACCUAACGACAUUUGUUGAGGAAGCCCCGCACGAACUCCACGAAUCUGGGGAAUCAUCCCAUAUACAACAACUUAAGAAAAUUAAUCACAAGCCAAGAGAAA